AUGAGUGAAUCUGUUGAACUGUCUGAAAUCCAUGAGUUUGAGAGUGAACUUUUGAAGCAUUUAGUUUUUAUCCCGCAGGACUUGUCGAAAUCGAGCUUAGGCUGCAUUUUAAGAGCUUUAGAAAAACACCGUGUGUUCGAGAUCCUUGUCAUCCUUGAAGGUCUGAAACAAUUUUCUCCUCACGGCGAAGUUUGCAAAGUCUAUCAGCGAUGUAGAGAGCGAGUUAUUGCUGAUGCUAUUCGCGAUCGCCCUGCUCCAGAAUAUUUUCUCCUUCUUGUCGGCUUCUGGCUUGUUACGGAUGAAUUCGUGCUGAAGCAUUUUUCCACACGUCAUUCAAUUCAGCGAGUCCGCUUCUAG